AUGCCGCGGGCUAAGCGUCCGAGCACGAAGCUCGCAGUGGCUCGACGUCCGAACAAGAGGCCGACCGCCCGCUCUCGUACGCUGGCCGCCGUGGGCAGACUGGAGUCCGUCACCUUCACUGUGGAAGACGUGUGGGAGCAAGGUCAGCCCUUGUCCGCCAUCUCCAUCACGGCCGCUCCGUUGGUGGUGGUGGCUGGGAGCUCACAACGAUCUGACAUAAUUCCCUUCAUGCGUGCCACAGUACAAGCCGAUGCGCGCGCGACCAAACAGCCGUUUGGCCAGCGGCAGAAGCGCACGGUUGCCGGGGAGCUCCAGGUCCUGACGCGACAAACAUUUCUCAAUUGGCUCGCGAGGGGCACAUACCGGUCGACAGCGUGGACACGGCAGCAGCUUAGGGCCAUCCACAAGGGCAUCGACGGGCAGCCAUUCUCGUCCGUGCGCGACAGGUACAAUGCCGAGGGCGCAGAUAUCAAGGCUGUGUUCGGGCCCACGAUGAGGGAGGUCUUGAACGACGUCCGCGACGACCUCUUCGAAGCCCAAGGUCAUCUGGGGUCGCGCGUCGGAGGCACCAGUCCCGUGCAUAUCGAUGACGAUGCCGUCGGUAGGCUUACAGCACCUGACACCUCCACAUCGAUGGCCGUCUCAGUUGCGCCACGACUUGAUGCCGCUGUCCAGACGCACCCGCUGGCCGGGAGCAGUAUUCCGUGUUCCUCCCGGGUGCACGUCGACGCCGCGGUCCAGGCUCAACCGCAGCCCGGAAGCAGCAAUACUGCCCAUACACCGGCAAACGAUCUCUUCUCGCCCGUCCGCGCACAACAUCCCGCAGCCGCGGAGGCGUACCCCUCACCUGUGUCCAACUUCCGCCACCCCAUUGGGCGCAUCCCGAGUGGGCGGGCCGAGCCCCCCUCCCCCACCUCUCCCACGCCAAACGCGUCGUUCCGGGCAUCUGCAAGGCGGAGCAUCCCACUUGGGGCUGAAGGUAUAGUGGACGACGACGCCGCGCGAAGCGACAGCGGCAGUAGCAGCUCGACAGCUGCUUCUCCCACAGGUACACCCCGCAUCGCUGCGCUGCCUCUGUCAUCGGAUGCACAACAGGCAGCAGAUGCAGCGUCUACAGCUGCCGCCGUCUCUGGCGGUGGCACCACGCAGGCCGCGCGCACCCCGGGGCAGCAUCGCUCGCUCAAGGGGAAGCUGCGCGAGACCCGCCGCGUUCUGCAGGACGUGCUCCGGGAACACGAGAAGAUGAGGAGGCAGCUGCGGAGGCGGAGGCGCGAGAGCCUCCAGGCUGAUGAGGAGCUAAGGCUCAGGAAGCUCAGAAUCCAGGAGCUAGACGCACGGGUAGAGCAGGAUGUGCGGGUCAUCACGUUCUACGAGCGGGAGAGAACGGAGGUGGCGGCAAGGAUGCUGCAACAGCCACCUUGCUGA